UUCGCGUAGAAGGCGGGUCGUAGUAGGCUAGAUCACCAGGAGCAGUUAUACUGGUUAACAAGUCAUGUGAACGUAGAUGACAAGAAGAUUUUUCGUAUCGAGUCACUGUCACACUUUAUUAAAAUGACCGGGUCCAUUUUGAGUGCCUUCAACAUCAUAGUAGGGAUUUGUACGUUUAUUUUCCCAGUUCGGGCACUUGACAAUGGCCUCGCGCUGACACCGACAAUGGGCUGGCUACACUGGGAAAGGUUUAUGUGUAAUACAGACUGUGACGCGGAUCCUCAUAAUUGUAUCAGCGAGAAACUGUACAUGGAGAUGGCGGACGCUAUGGUGAAGGACGGGUGGAAGGACGCCGGCUACGAGUACGUGUGCAUCGACGACUGCUGGCCCUCGCGAGACCGCGACGCCGAGGGCCGUCUGCAGGCGGACCCCAAGAGGUUCCCGGGGGGGAUCAAGAAGCUCGCCGACUACAUGCACUCCAAGGGCCUGAAACUGGGGAUUUAUGCCGAUGUGGGCACAAUGACUUGUGCAGGCUACCCCGGCAGCUUGGGCCACUAUGACACAGACGCCCAGACUUUUGCCGAAUGGGGUGUGGACCUGCUGAAAUUUGAUGGGUGCAACAUGCCCAACUGGACCUUACUGGCAGGAGGUUAUAUAAACAUGUCCGUCGCCUUGAACAAGACCGGGAGAAGCAUUUUGUAUUCCUGUGAGUGGCCGCUGUAUGAAUGGCAGUUCCACCAGCCCAACUACACCGCAAUCCGGCAGACGUGUAACCACUGGCGCAACUCCGCAGACGUGUACGACUCCUGGAGCAGCGUGACGGGCAUCGUGGACUGGACCGCCGAUCAUCAGGACCUCAUCGUUCCAGUGGCAGGCCCUGGGGGCUGGAAUGACCCGGAUAUGCUGGUAAUCGGGAACUUCGGGCUGAGCCGCGACCAGCAGGAGACCCAAAUGGCCUUGUGGGCGAUCAUGGCCGCUCCGCUGCUGAUGUCGAACGACCUGCGGGCCAUCGAUCCCCAGUCCCAGAGGCUGCUGCAGAACCGCCACAUUAUCGCCAUCAGCCAGGACCCGCUGGGCAAGCAGGGCACCCGCAAGGCCAAGGUGAACGGGUUCGAGGUGUGGCAGCGCCCCCUGUCCACCGGAGGACUCGCACUGGCGGUGACCAACAGGCAGGAGAUUGGCGGGCCCAGGCACUUCCCCCUGACCCUGGCCACCGUGCUGGUCUGGAGGUCGUGUUACCACCAGUGCAACGUCACCCAGAUCCUGCCCCAGUACCGAGAGCUGGGCGUGCAUGGCCUCUUCAGCAAGCUCCAGCUAUCGGUGAACCCCACCGGGACCGCGCUGCUCCUGCUCUCCCCUGUCCCGGCCAUGUCCUGCACCAGGCUGCAGGCAAAAAAAUGGCUUCGCUACCUCAGCAAAGACAGAGCCCAGAGAACAGCUCUGUAGCAGCUGAAGCUGCAGCUUGAUCCAGCGACUUGGGAGCGAGGGGGUUUCGCAAAAACAAAAACAGAUCUUCCACCUCUGUUUGUGGGGCAAAACCCUUUGGUUUGUUCAGAAAAGUCCCAGAUUGACAGCUGAACCAAAGCACUUUAUUAUGUGACCAAAGAAAGGCAUGUUUGAGUGAUACAAAUUAUUUCAGGCUGCUGAUAUUAACAGGCAACACGCUUAGCAUUAUGGAGGUAUUAUGGAAGUGCAAUAGAAAUUUUAAUUGUUGCCUAAUUUGCGCAAUUAUAUGAUGGGAAAAUAAGACUUGGGCUGUACUGCCGAGGGCCCAUAUGAUUCUUACCU